UCACAUUAUAUUGUUUAUUUACCUUGAAAUUGUUUUAUUUUUUGAAAUACCUGUUGUCAUGGCUGAUUUGGUAAGCGGGGAAGCUUCAGAAUCAGAUGAAGAGCUGCAGGACAAGCACAAGAUUUUUGCCGCUGAGGUUCCAGGGGAGGCUUCAGAAGAUGAAGAUGACGACGAAGACAUCUACGAACAGCGCAGAAGCACCCAGGUCAACAGCAUGGCCUCGAUUUACAGGAAUAAUCUCCUCCAGCGUAAACUGAUUGAAAACAAUAUAGCCAUUUGGAGGUCUCUCACCGCCUUCACCCGAAGCUUUGUACUGAGUGCCUCCAAGCAACUGGUCACCACGGAUCAAAUGCUCAUCAAAUCCCAGAUCAAUCUCCAAUCGGCCCAUACAUCAUUACAGCAAGCUCAGAAAAAUGCUCAGGAACUUCAAACGAGGGUAGCUUCUGUCAUGACCAGCAGCUUUCUUCCACACAUAAAUAUCCAGAAAGCUAGUUGAUUUUGAAAUUAAUUUUUUUUUACAAAUAAACGAUCAAAUCUAGGCUAA